GCUCAAGACACGAAAGCUAGUGAAUUGGUGUAAACAAACAGAUUUUACGACAUUCAUCAGAGUCUGACGAAAGUUUCUAAAGAUAUCGGGCAUGUUGCACUGGAGUAACCCGUAUCUAAGAUUCAAGGUGCUCUUUCGGUUGGCUUGCAAAUUCAAUGUCAGGGUGCCUGCAAAAGCGUUUUGAUUGAAGAGGAGAGCUGAUCACUGUCGUCGAGUGAACAUACAAAAACACCUCGACCAAGGCUGUCCAUGAGAAAAGGCGUGUGGCUGUGCACUUGAACUUGGUGUACAAUGGGGCAAUCUGCUGCGAAGGGAGAACCUGGCCACUGCCCGUACGCAGUCGAUCAAAGUGGGUGUACGAUGGAUCUCCCAGAAAGCAUCUCCGUUCUACCUUCAAAAAGCGCGACUGUGGCUCUCCUGGGAGAACUACCACCCUCUGGUUACGGGAGUCUGCAUGACUUACUUACUCGACAGCUCCAAAUACUAUUUCCAGAAACGCAUGUUCCGCCCAGUGCUCUUGCAGGACUCCAAGUUGCUAUAACUCGUUUUGAAGAUUUUAUGAGGACGAGACGAGAGUGCGCAACGUAUAACUUUUAUGCAGACCUUUUACCGCUCAUUCAUCGCUGGGCUACUGACUAUAAUGGAGAUGAGGGUAUCUGUGUGCGAACGCUGCGCCAUGGAGAAGAUGCGAGAACGUGCUUGACGAGAAGAACGAUCCGCCAUAUCCUUGCACAAGCGUUUUUCAUAAAUGUGUUGCCACUGAAUCAAAGCUACAGGGGGCGCUUGGGGGAGAUAAGUUUUCACCGAAUAUACGUAGGCGGGGACGAGGUAGGCAUUCAUAGAACUCUGUGCCUUCUGAGCUACUUUGAACAAAACAAAAAAAUCGAUCAAACACCGCAAAUGGGAGCGGAAAAUGUGUCGUUCACUCGACGUACAAAAAACGCUAUGCAAAUUCCACAGUUUGCCUCGCUUGCCAGAAAGAUCGAUGUCACCCGCAUUAACGUUCAUACCGGACGCAUGGAGUCGUCGGAUGCUUCCGCAAUUGUCGACUUCGCCAAUAGGCGCCUGCACGUUCAUUCUAUUAUCCCUUCCGCCACGCAGGAGGAGAUAUUAUUUAGCUGCUGUCCAGAAGCAUUUGUGGGAUUGCUCUUCUGUGAAACCAUAAGUGACGACGAGGUAAUCAUCAUUAGCAAUGUAAAGAGAUUCUCCGAAUAUACGGGCUACGGAGAUACAUUCCAGUUUGCUGGCUUUUACAACGGCAGCCCACGAUCCCAUACUCUCUUGGCCCUGGAUGCGUGUACAUUCCGUCAUUUUGAUAAAGCCAUGGUUGAUAGGGAUCUUCGCAAAGCCUAUAUGGCCUUCUCGUAUGUGGCCUCUACUGAAACGGACGGUGCGCGAAAAAUCACCACUUCGCACUGGGGUUGUGGCAUAUUUGGCGGAGAGAUCCAUUUGAAGUUCCUUCAACAAGUUCUCGCGGCAUCGAGCGCCAAUGUGGGAUUGGACUAUUCAACGUUUGGCAAUGCAGAAGUGCAGGAGCGGUUCAAAGCAUUACUGGCAGUGAUUAAGCGUAAAGAGAUAACCGCUGGACAGGUGUACGCUGUAAUUUCUGGUUACAAUGGGAAAAGGGAACACUUCUAUGAAUACGUCACGGCAAGCUUCGGAGCAUAAAGAGGGUACAUCAUCACAGAUCUCAACUGGAAACGACCGGGUCACAGGAGCAUGCAGGUCGCCCUGGCUCGCGCAAACGUAUGCCCGGUUGAGCAAAAUUCGGUCACCAAACAGUCCACCUUGUGGCAUUAUCAGUCAAAUAAAGAUCUCUUUGUAUAUUUGCAUAUAUAUACAUUCCAUUUUUUC